CUUCCCUAUUGAAGAAUAAUUGUUUACAUCAUCGUAGCUUGCACACACACAAACACAGUCUUGCAGUGUUUUGUUUUGGCAGCAGAGACGGCGAGUGACUUGCAAGUUGCAGACUUGCUCAGGUAUCUCGUGCGGCUGCCCUUUGCGAUCGUUGUCAGCAUGGCAGACUACUUCUCCGAGCUGGGCUUCCGACCCCUGGCCGAGGGCGAGGUGCCAGACCACGGCGCCCACCUUCUGCGGCUGCUUAGGGACAGCGGCAACUUCGACCUGCUGCAGAUGUUUGUCGAAUUGCGAGGCGAGGCUGGCAAUUCAGCCCCUGCCGCGAGCAAGGCCGCCGUCCAGGCUCUCCCGCUUGUUCAACCCCUUGAGAAUGAAAACUGCGCUGUGUGCUUGAAAAACUAUGACGAGGAGAGUCAGUGUCGGAUGAUGCCGUGCAAGCAUAAAUUUCAUCAGGAGUGCAUUUUUACGUGGUUGAAGCAGACGAAUUCGUGUCCAAUUUGCCGAAAAGAACUGCCAACUGAUGACCUAGAUUACGAGGCCAUCAGGAAAUACAAGGAGCGAGAAUCCGAAAGAAAGCAGCAAUUAGAAAGCUUGCACAAUUCCAUGUUUUCUUAAAAUAUUUACCUCUGCGAUGGAUAUUAAGAUGUAAAUAAAUAAUAAGAGGUUAAGGAUAAAUGUGAUUCGAGGUUAAUAAAAAUACCAGCACAUAAAGGAGAAAUAA